AGGUGGACCGGAUCUCGGGCAAGUAUUUACACAGCUUCGUACUGACGGAGUCAUGACGGGACACAGGAUGAUGAGGUGUUGGAAUCUUCCAGAAGGAAGAUGCUGCAUGGUAAGAAAUGUAUUUUCCCGGUUCUUCAUGUUGUGUAAUCAACCUGCCGGUCUUUAGGAAUCGGACUCCUCGUCUUCCAGUCGCAUCCCCCAAAAAGCCAUUUGUAUAAGCCUCUUUGCUUCCCUCAUCUUGAGCCUCCUGGUCUUAGGUUUGACCGGACAUCUUGGAUUUCCUCAGCGACACUUGCAGAAUGAACAGCAUCAGACAGUCCGAUUCACCGCCCCAGACCCGACCGGGGUCCUGCUCCUUAACCAGUCUGCAGUCGUAGACCAGCAGAACGGCCUGGUGACCUUUUCUGUGACCUCAGGGGCCAAUCAAACAUCCAUGGUGCUCUUUGACAUUAAACAUGGCUUGAUAUGUUACCAGCCGGUCCACCAGGAGAGCUGCUUCCUGCGGACCAUGGAGACGUCGGACUAUGAGAACGUGCGCUCCCUUCUUCAAGCGUCGGUACACAAGCAGAGUCAGUUCCAACUGUCUGUGAACGAGACCCGGAGGCAGACAGAGUUCUUGGGGGUCCUGUCGGCCAAUCAGACAGAUGUCUCGACCUUGGAUGAACCGCUGAAGCUUCUGUGUCAGAAUAGGACAAUCCACUGGACCAAGAGGACAGAAGGGCCGGGCAAACAGAGGCUGGUCUAUUUCUGCAUCGACAUAUGCUUUCCCAACAGCAUCUGUGUGUCGGUUUGCUUUUACUACUUACCAGAGUAACUAUCUCUGCUGAUCAUGUCUGAAAAAAAUUAGGAACUUUUUUGAACUCUGUCAACAAGAUUGGAAAACCAACGUUGAUGCUGUUAGUGCAUUUGA